AUGCAAGCUUCAACAGAAAGCGUCGGACAGCCGGUCUCUGUGCUAUUUGGACCGCAAUGCAGCAAUUUCGAUGAAGUCUCAGCUCAGAUAAGCAAGACUCUGACUGAAGAUUCAUCGGCUGAGUUCAUUGAUGAGAUUCUCCAGGAGCUGCCGUCUCUUUGGACCGAUUUAACCAAGGCCUUGCCAUCUUUAUGCCAAGUUCCGGGAAAUGAUCAGCUGCUCACACUGGUACAAGAAUUACAUAGCUCGCCGUCACCAGUCACAGCAGAACCUACGAAUGUCGUCCUUACUCCCCUCACUGUGAUUAGUCAAAUCUUGGAUUUCAUCAAGCUCAAUGAUUUGAACUUAAAUCAAAGUGUUAUCGACACUCAGGGAUUCUGCGUGGGCUUCUUGUCUGCAGUCGUCCUCGCUUGCUCCAAGGGAGAGCAAGAGCUGCGGUCACUCACAGCGACGAUCGUUCGAUUAGCCGUCUGCAUCGGCGCGCUGGUUGACUUGGACGAGUUAGAAAACGGCGUUUUUCGCUCAAUUGCUGUAAGAUGGAGAGAUCUCGCUGGUUGCAAGACAUUUCAACGAGUAAUGGCAUCUCACCCGGAGGCCUAUGCAUCAUGUGAACUUGAUUCCAAUAGUAUGACAGUAACGGUUAGAGCGGAAGGCAUGGAAGCGUUGGUGAAAGAUCUUACAUGUCAUAAUAUCUCGGCCAAACCCAUUGCCUUGAGGGGACGAUUCCAUCACGAUUCACACAAGGUGGCUGUACAAAAAAUUGUCAAGUACUUUGAACAUGACGAGCGGUUCAAGUUACCAAGCGGAAACGAACUGCUGCUCCCUCUCCGCUCCAAUGUGGAUGGGAACCUUAUCGGGGAAGGCAACAUUUUUGCUAUUGCUCUGGAGUCCAUCUUGGUGAAGCAAUGCAAGUGGCUCCCAACUGUUGCAAAUGCAUUCCACGAUAUACAGAAAGUGGACAACAAUGCUCGCUUGCUCACAGUAGGGAGUAGCUCCAUUAUUCCACGAAGUGUGAGCAUUCAGUCAGCACAGCAAAACGGACAUCAUGUCUCGUCUGAAGACACGAACGGCUUCACCAAUAGCCACACCCCUUCCAAUGGAGUUCAAGCAGCUGGAGAGCAUAUCUCUAUUCUCAAUGGGCAUCAAUAUGCCGCAGUAACCCCGAUAGCCAUUGUCGGGAUGGCUGGCAGAUAUCCCCAGGCGGAUUCCGUUGAGGCGCUAUGGGAUAUGCUCGAAUUGGGACGAUGCGCUGUCAGCGAGAUGCCGAACGAUCGAUUCAAGAUGGACGAGCUCUUACGACAGCCGAAGGGACCGUUCUUCGGAAAUUACUUAGAAGAUCCCGAUUCUUUCGAUCAUCGAUUUUUCGGAAUAUCUGCCCGCGAAGCAGAAUCCAUGGACCCUCAGCAGCGACUGCUGUUGGAGGUCGCCUACAACGCCAUGGAAUCGGCCGGCUAUUGCGGAAUGUCUGCUUCUUCAUUGACCUCAGACAUCGGCUGCUAUAUUGGUGUCGGCUCAGAUGACUACACAGAUAACGUUGGGUCCCGGGACUCCAAUGCAUUUUCCGCCACUGGCACUCUUCAGGCAUUCAACAGCGGACGCAUCAGUCAUUACUUUGGGUGGAGUGGUCCAUCAUUGAUAGUUGAUACUGCUUGCUCUUCCGCCGCCGUGGCAAUUCAUUUGGCCUGCAAGGCCCUACAGGCGAAGGAAUGCUCGAUCGCAAUGGCUGGAGGAGUGAAUGUAAUGAGCAGUCCCAAAGUAACUCAGAACCUAGCUGCAGCCUCAUUCUUGUCCCCAACUGGUGCCUCCAGGGCAUUUGAUGCUGAUGCAAAUGGUUAUUGUCGUGGUGAAGGCGCAGGCUUGGUAAUGCUGCGACCGUUAGAAGACGCUCUUCGCGACCAUGAUACAGUUUUGGCAGUCAUUGCGGGCUCGGCAGUGAAUCAAGGUUCCAACUGUUCUCCAAUCACAGUCCCUGUUUCGGAGUCUCAACAAUCUCUAUAUCGCAAAGCCCUAGCUGCUGGAGCAACUUCUCCUUACGAAGUCAGCUAUGUAGAGGCUCAUGGCACCGGAACGCAAGUAGGAGACCCGAUCGAGUUUGAUAGUAUUCGGCAAGUGUUCGGCGGAGCAAGUCGAGCUGAAGAGCUCCGAAUUGGUUCUAUCAAAGACAACAUUGGACACACUGAGACUUCAUCGGGAGUUGCUGCGUUGUUAAAGACAGUCCUGAUGAUUCAAAAAGCCAGGAUUCCCAAGCAGGCGAACUUUUCUAGCUUGAAUCCCAAGAUACCUCCGGCGGGCCAUGAAAACAUCACAAUUCCUGACAAGUCUGUUGACUGGAAUUCUUCGCAUCCAGCGGCUAUGGUGACAAACUAUGGCGCCGCCGGAAGUAAUGCGGCCCUUCUGGUCAAGCAGUACCAGAGCCCAUCGGGUAGGACAGAUCACGUUGAUGGAGGCACAUCCGAAGUCCCAAUAUACAUCUCGGCAAAGUCCCACGAAUGCCUCCAUGCCUAUUGUGAGGCUCUUCACAACUUCGUGACCGAACGAUCAAUUAAACCCAACGGAAGACUUGUGCAAGAUAUCGCGUACAAUCUUGCCGUCAAGCAGAACAGGACGAUGGAAUACACGGCCACAUUCUCUACAGAUUCGCAGGAUGUAACCAGCCUUUUGAAGCAGCUCACUGGGAUUAUCACAGACGACAGUUGUACGCAGAAGAGACCGAUAAACCCCCUUCCUGUGAUCCUAUGCUUUGGAGGUCAAACUGGUAAUACAGCAAGUAUUUCAGAAGACCUGUUCAAUUCUUGUGGAUAUUUGCGAACUCGCUUGAUGGAGUGUGAAAGCACCUGUAAGACCCUUGGUUUACCGAGUCUUUUCCCGACAAUCUUUCAAUCCAAUCCCAUUGAUGACCUGGUAUCCCUCCACUGUCUUCUCUUUUCCAUUCAAUACGCCUCUGCAAAGGCUUGGAUAGAUUCCGGACUCAAAGUGAACCGCAUUAUUGGUCACAGUUUCGGUCAGCUCACCGGACUUUGCGUUGCCGGUACGCUGAGUCUUUCUGACGCCAUGACACUCAUCUCACAGAGAGCUAGUCUGAUCAAGAGCAGCUGGGGCCCGGAGCAUGGCAGCAUGCUGUCAAUGAAAGGCACACACGAGGAUGUGGUGGACUUGAUAAACGAUUGCAAUAACACUGUUGACAUCGCAUGCAUCAACGGCCCGCGAGAUAUGGUCGUUGCCGGGGAUGAGGCUUCCAUCUCACACAUUGAAAGUAUAGCUGCAGGCGGAUCCAUGUUCAUCAAGACAAAGAGACUUCGCAGUACACAUGGGUUCCACUCUCGACUGGUUGACGGAAUCGUUCCUGGUCUCACUGAAGUUGCCAAGUCACUUGUGUACCAUGAUCCACAAAUUCCAAUCGAGGCCUGCUCUGAGUCGGAAGACUGGGCAGUUCUGAAUGCUUCAAAAAUAGUUCAGCACAGUCGUACGGCUGUUUACUUCGAAUCAGCUGUGAUCAAGGCUGCUAAGAAGACUGUUGGGCCAGCCAUCUGGCUUGAAGCUGGAUCAGGUUCUCCUGUCAUUCCAAUGAUCCGACAGAUUAUCCAGUCUUCUGAAUCACCGGAAGGCCAUGUCUUCCAAUCAAUCAAUCUUCAUGGCUCCCAAGCACAGAUAAAUAUUGCCAAAGCCACGUCAAACCUUUGGUCAAAGGGGAUCCCCGUGCAGUUCUGGGCAUUCAGUCAUCACCAGGCGAUCUCUUACAAGUCUGUGAAUCUGCCGCCUUAUCAGUUUGCGAAGACCAAGCAUUGGAUUCCAUAUGAUCCAAGCGCGUUCCUUCCCACGACAUCCACCUCGUUGCCCGAAGAUAACAGCGGACUAGUGAAAGUGAUUGAACAAAGCUCUCGGGAGACCGUCUUCUCCGUCAAUGUUGCGCACCCAGUGUACCGCCUAUGUGCUCAGGGACAUUCCGUUGUUGGUCAACACUUGUGUCCCGCGUCUCUUUACAUUGAGAUUAUCUUGGAGGCAGCAAGCAAGGUGGCUUUAUGUGGGCUCUCUGGGCUUAUGCCACACGUUCAAAAUCUGAGCAUCUGUGCCCCGUUACUUCUGGAGUCUGAAGGAGAAGUCUCUCUCCGGCUAUCAAAGACCGACACCGAUCUCAACUGGACCUUCUCUCUUUUCACUCGGCAGCCCAUCUCAGGCACAGAGACACAUGCGACAGGUAAUAUUGGACUACACAACGUCGACGGACCGUCGCAGGCCGCCUCGCGUUUCCGGUCACUAGACAGACUAAUCGACCCUUCCCGCUCCCAAGCAAUUGGAAAGUCUUUGAAUGCCAGUGGAUUGAUGGGCCCACCCGUCUACCAGACUUUUGAUCGGGUCGUUGAAUAUGCAGACUACUUCCGAGGAGUGAAAAACGUUUUUGCCGAUGGACAUGAAGCCACCGGUCUCGUUUCCUUGAAAGACUCUCCAAGUGCGAAUUGCAUUUGUGACCCCGUCCUCGUCGAUAACUUCCUCCAGGUAGCUGGCAUUCACACCAACUGCCUGUCCGAAACACGCGACGACGAGGUCUUUGUCUGCAGUGCCAUUGGGGACAUCUUUUUGAGUGAUGCAUAUAUCACCAGAGACACCAAAUCUACUGGAACUACCACGACAUAUACCAGUUAUGAUAGACCUUCCAAGAAGCAAUUCAUGAGUGAUAUCUUUGUAUUUGAUUCCGAAAGUGGAAAACUGCUCCUUGCUGUCAUGUCUGCGACUUUUACAAGCGUUCUGAUGUCCAACCUGGCUCGCGUCCUAAGAAGAUUGAACAAAGACGCUCCUGAGUUGGCCCCUCCGUCAAUUCAGAGAGAGCUCCAAGUUGAGAUUCAAGUUCCCGCCAUGGCAGAUCCGCUUACCUCUCAAGAAGUAGCUGACGCCAGCGGCGGUAAAUUGGAGGCUGUUCGGGAAAUGUUCCACACUCUCCUCGGCAUCCCGCUGGGAGAAUUACUUCCAUCCUCGGGUCUCGAAGAUAUCGGUGUUGAUUCGCUCAUGCGAACUGAAGUUUUGGCCGAGAUCAAGAAGCUUUUCAACUUCAGUCUAUCUGUCGAUGCAUUGGUGGAGAUUCCUGAUAUACAAAAUCUGACCAAUACCAUUUUCCCGGAUGCUGCCCCUCAAGCUGUACAAGCGUGUCCCCCAGCGAAGACCGCUAUUCAGGUCUCAGUGAAGCAGGAAUUAAGCCAGGAUAACCAAAUCAUCGCAGCGCCCGCCACAGGUAAUUCUUUGGCCGAGCUGUCGAGAGAUUUGUUUGACGGCCUCAAGACAACUACCGCUCACAGUCAAAAAACUCAGUGGACUGGAUUCUGUAAUUCUGUCUAUCCUCAACAAAUGGCUCUUGUUACAGCUUAUGUCGUCGAGGCUUUCCAAGAUAUGGGCAUUCCGCUUCAAUCCUUCGGGCCCGGACAGGUGAUUCCAAAUAUUCCAGUCCUUCCUCAACACCAGCAGGUAAAGGACCAGCUUUAUGCAAUUCUGGAGUCCUCUAAGUUAGUUCAAAGGCAAGGGAGCCUCAUUCUCAGGACUGAGAGCGUCAUUCCGACUACGCCCGCAUCCAUUUUGCAUAAGGAAAUCGUCCGAAAAUACCCUCGUCAUGAAUCAGAACACAAUCUGCUUCGUACAACUGGCUCUCAAUUGGCGAAGUGUUUGACUGGCUACGCCGAUCCGCUCGCCCUGCUGUUCCAGGAUAAACAGGCACGUGAGCUCAUCGGAAAUGUAUACACCCAUGCGCCAAUGUUCCUGUCCGCAACGAUGCAUUUGACUCAGCUUCUCCGGGAUGUCCUCAGCAAGGCAGACCCCGGUAGAGAGAUUAAGAUCCUUGAGAUCGGUGCUGGUACCGGUGGUACUACUGGCUUCCUUCUUGCCCAACUCGCGGAUGUCUGUGGGCUCCGCUUCCAGUACACCUUCACAGAUAUCUCAUCCUCAUUGAUUGCGCUUGCUAGAAAGAAGUUCCAAAAGUACAAUUUCAUGCGCUAUACAAUCCUCAAUGUCGAUCAGGAUCCUCCCAAAGAAAUGUUGGGACAAUAUGAUGUGAUUCUCUCAUCAAACUGUGUUCACGCUACUCCUAGCAUUAUGAGAUCAACCAAGAACAUCAACAGCCUUUUGCGGCCUGACGGUAUUCUUUGUUUGAUUGAGCUGACCCGCAACUUGUUCUGGUUCGAUCUGGUUUUCGGGUUGCUCGAGGGAUGGUGGAUGUUCGACGAUGGUCGACAGCACGCUCUUGCUACAGAAUAUGCCUGGGAUAAGGCCCUUCGCCAGGCUGGCUAUCAGUGGGUCGAUUGGAGUAGCAACUCAUCGAAGGAGUCUGAGAUCCUCCGAUUGAUUGUGGCAUCUCCUGCGAAUAUCGGCUCCCAAGACACCGCCUUGGUUUUGGAGGAGACGGUUACUUUUGCGGAAAAGGAUGGUGUUCAGCUACAGGCGGAUAUUUUUUACCCUACAGAAGUUGAGACGUCAAGCCGAUCCCGGCCUAUUGCCCUCAUGAUUCAUGGUGGCGGCCAUGUCAUGUUAUCUCGGAAGGACAUCCGCCCCAAGCAAACCGAAAUGUUGCUUGCCGCAGGUUUUUUGCCUGUCAGCAUUGACUACCGGCUCUGUCCAGAAGUGUCUCUCUUGCAAGGCCCCAUGGAAGAUUCCCGGGAUGCCCUUAGAUGGGCUCGUGAGGUGUUGCCUGAGUUGGUCCUCCAACGCCCCGACAUCAAACCUGACGGGGAUCAUGUCGUCAGUGUUGGCUGGUCAACCGGCGGUCAUCUUGCCAUGACUCUUGCCUGGACCGCCGAUGAAGUUAACGUCCGGCCCCCGGAGGCCAUAUUGUCAUUCUACAGUCCCACGGACUAUGAGGAUCCCUUCUGGAGUCAGCCAAACCUGCCAUUUGGUCAAGCUGCUCCACCUAGAGAGACAUAUGAUGAGUGGGAAGCCAUUCAAGCCAAGCCUAUCACUUCAUAUAAUCCUCCAUCCUCUUUAGGGGGCUGGAUGAAUCCUAGUGAUUCUCGCAGUCGCAUAGCGUUACACAUGAACUGGACAGGGCAGACGGUUCCCGUCCUCCUCAACAAUCAGUGCCCGACUCAGAAGGGUUCAUUGACUGAAUUGGAACAACCCAGCGUGGAGGAUAUCCAGGCCAUCAGUCCUUUGGCCCAGAUCAGUUCCCAGAACUACAAGUCCCCUACUUUUAUCAUUCAUGGCACCCGUGACGACUUGAUUCCCAUUGCUCAGGCUCAGAGAACAUAUGCUGCACUUUCUGCCGCCGGUGUUGAUUCUGAUAUCAGAGUACUCGAUGCAGUGCACCUGUUCGAUAUUUAUCCGGACAUGAAACAGAAUCAGGAGGCAUUGCAGGCCAUUCAAGAUGGCUACAGAUUUUUGAAGUCACAUGUCAAACCCUGA